CUAUGCCAGGAAAUGUGACUGUUGAUGAGGAAACCCCUACUUCCAUCAGUAUCAGUUGGACUGCAGCCAGCGGUAGUUUUGAUUACUAUGAAGUGGCUUAUGCCGAGGCAGGUGGACCAACUUUGAUAGCUGGAAAUUUACAGCCAGACAGUAGUAUGCUUGAGUUUACAUUAGAAGACCUUGAUCCAGAGACAGAGUACAUGUUUACCGUGUUGACUGUUGUUGGUGAAGGUGAUAUGCAGGAAAGAAGUGAGCCCUCAACUGUUACUGCAAAUACAGAGGCUUUAAACCCAUUACAAGUAAUUGUAAUAGAUUAUGACACUGACAGUAUAACUAUACUAUGGGGAGAAACCACCCAGACUGGUGCCGCUGCAUAUCUCAUCGAUUUGACACCGAGUGACGGUUCCGCAUAUCCAUCGGCUGUGACGAUUGAUGACGAGAAUAGAUACGACUUCACAGGUUUGAUUGCUGGUAGAGAAUACACUAUUGAAAUCACAGUCUCUGGUUUUAAUGAAAAAACUAUGAUUGUACAAAGAACAGUUCCCCAUCCACCACGCAACCUAAGAUCAAUAUCAGAGACUGAGACCACUGUGACUAUUGCCUGGAAUGCCCCAAUAAAUGGAUUUGUUGAUACAUACAUCCUAACUUAUGAACCUGCCGAUGGGAAAACAGCAUCGCCAAUUACUGUAGAGCAGGACACCCUACAGCUGGUUAUUGAGGGGCUAACACCGAGUUCGCAAUAUGAUAUCACAUUGAUUGGUGUGGCUGGUACUGGGAGUGAUAAAACAGAGAGUGCCAAGAUAAUGGCGUCAGUUAACACAAGUGCAGCAUCACCAGCCCAAGUCAUUAUCAAGACAGUCACAACUACGAAGUAUUGAGAUAACCUGGGGUUCAGUACCUUCUGGUGUUAACUUUGAUGGCUAUGUUAUCAGACAUGAACCUCCAGAUGGCUCUCCAGGCACAGCUAUC